AGAAGAAGAAGAAGAAGAAGAAGAAGAAGAAGAAGAAGAAGAAGAAGAAGAAGAAGAAAGAAAAAAAAAAACUCAGACAAGAUUUUUCUCUCGAGAAAAAUCAUGGCUGCUGCGUCUUGGCUCUGUAGCAUCAUCCUCACUCUCCUCCUUUCUCUGUGUGCAGAGGCAACAAUGGGGAGGAAGUUAAUUUCAAUACCAACAAAGGAACAAGGAGAAAAUGGCCAUCUGCUCACACCUAUGAACAAAGUGAAAGAUGAUGAUGAUGAUGAUAAUGAUGACCCAUCUUUAUACAUGUAUUUCUCCAUUGAUGAUCUGCAAACAACCAAGAAAUUGCCCAUUUACUUCUACAAGAACAGCCUUCGAAACCUUCCGCCUCUUCUUUCAAAAGAAAAAGCAGACUCUAUUCCUUUCUCGAGAAAAAAACUAUCUUUCUUGCUCCAUUACUUCUCCAUCUCCAAGAAUUCUCCACAGGGCAAAGCCAUGAAAGAGACGUUAGGACACUGUGAUGCGAAAACCAUUGAAGGCGAGGUGAAGUUCUGUGCAACCUCGUUAGAGUCUAUGUUAGAUCUCGUCAAAGAAACAUUAGGGCACGACACCAAACUCAGGGUAUUGACGACAAGAUUCCAAGCUUUGUCCGAGAAGAACGUGAGCUACACGCUGAAGAACUACACGUUCGAAGAGGCUCCUAAAGAGCUGGUCGGCGUCAGGAUGUUGGGUUGCCAUAGAAUGCCGUACCCUUACGUGGUUUACUACUGCCAUGGCCAUAGAGGUGGGAGCAGGGUCUUUGAGGUUAGCCUCGUGGAGGCCGAUGGGGUCAGGCAGAGGGUUGUGGGUCCUGCAGUCUGUCACAUGGACACGUCCACGUGGGACAAAGACCACGUGGCGUUCAAAGUGCUGAAGAUGGAACCUGGGUCUGCUCCUGUCUGCCAUUUCUUCCCAAUCGAUAACAUUGUGUGGGUUACAAUGUAAGAUUUAGGACUUUGAGUCCCGUUUUACAAUUUUCAAAAGAUGGAGGGAACUCAUGCGUCUUUUGGUCUUUUGCGUGCAUUCAAAACGUUACCUAUGUAUUUAGUAGAUAUAUGUGUGCGUGUGUAUUAAUUUGGGGUUGCCGUGUAAUGGAAAGUGGAUUAUGUAGUAUAUAUGAACGGUUUUUGUGCA